AUGGUCCUCAUCCGCCGCCCUAUGCCACGUGGGCCCCACAGGGAGCGAAGGCGGCGCGGCACCUCAGCGCAGGCGGGGCCUGGGAAUCGAUGGCCCGCGUCGUAUUCCGUACCCUCGCCCCUCCCGGCGCCCGUCGCCAUUCCUUCACCCUCCACACGCGCCCCAAUUCCAUCAUCCCGGCGCAUCUCGGCAUCCGCGACCCGCGCGCCUCCCCGAUCUGCGCGCUCACCACCACUUCCCGCCUCCCACCGCGGGGAGCAGCAGCGGCGGCACAGGGGGACAUUGCGGCGUGAGGACCAGCGGCAGGCGGCAGGCGCGGAGGCGGCGCGGCGUGCGGCCAGCGGGCGGGCAGAUGGUGGCGGUCGCGGCGGCUGGCUCUCGUACCGCCCCAACGAGGACGUCCCCCUCCACGAGCUGCGCAACGGCGCGGCGAGGGACAACCGCGUGCGGCACACGGGCGCAAAGAGCAGGGCGGCACGUGGAUGGUCUAGGCGCGGCGCCGUCCAGCUGCUCCCGCGCUGUGACGGCGAGCUGCAGACGACCGCGCCUGGUGCCGAUCCCCGUCCUCCUGCCGUCCUGAUUAACUGUCACAUGGUGACUGGGGCCGCCUCCAUCUGCGGUGGCAGGUGUGCCGUGGCACAUUGGAGCAUGAGGGAGGAUGUUGUCGUGAGACGUCAUCUCGCCAAGUACUACGGGUUGCCACCACCGCCAUGGCCGCGGCAGCCGAAGACGACGGCCGGGCGAACUAGGCUGGUUUAUGAUCAGUGACUGGAGAGGACAAUUCAUUUCGAUGAUUGCUUUGGUAAUUUACCAUCUGAUCAUCUGAAUGUCAGGACCAUGAGGUUCAGUUCAAUAUAAGAGCGUGCAUUUCUUUUGUUAGAAAAUUUACUGAUCUAUCAUAAUCCACCCAUUUUUUUUAAUAGGAUUUAAAUUAAAAUGGUUUUAUUUGAUCAACUAAUAAUACACUGAGUACUACUGCAUAUGCGCACGUUUAAAUUUUUGUACAAAUUCUAUUGUCAUUUGUUGAUUUGGGUAUUCUGGUUGAUAUAUAUACACCCAACAAUUUAUUCCCAGGUCGAUAUAUAUACACCCUGACAACCGAGAUCAGUCCUUUUGGUCAAGGGUAUGCAGUACUAACUGAUACAGUCUCCUUGCAAAAUGUUAGGGUGGACUUCAAUCAGGGUUCUAUCAGAUUCUAUCAGAGUAUAUUGAUAGUGUGGUCUGCUGUACUAACUAGAGUUGAGGUUUCUGCCUUGUUCAUCCCAUGUAAUUUGGAGUGUUUUUUUUGCAUGUUGUUUUAUUUUAACUUUCCAAUAUGUUAGAAAAGAUAUAUGUGCAAUCUAAAAGAAAGGUGUAUCAUAGCUAUUUACUUAGUAUGUUCAAUCCUUUGCUGCUAGUAAAUUUCUUCAUAUAACCAAGCCAUUAAGUAGUUGGGGUGGAUGGCUGUACUGCUGCCCAUGGACUUUCUAUGGCACCUAAAGUGGUUUGCAAAUCAUGCCUUGAUUUUUAUCACUAUGCAAAAUCCUCAUGAAACUUUCUCACUUGGGAGCCAAGAUUUCCAUUUAAUUCACUGUAGCCUAUUAUUUUGUUUGCUGUGGCAAAAUCACCUACCAGAAAGUGUGCUAGAUUCCUGGUGUUCUUGCUUGGAACUCUACACGGUCAACUCAGAAUUUUGGGUUCCUCGUAUCAUUUCAAUAGAAUUGGUUGCUAUCUUGACAACAUCUUAACCUUUAUAUGCAGAGCUACUGGUGUGAUAUUAAAGCCAAUACAGAUGGUGCUAGCACAUUUUUUCUUUUUAUUGUGCUAUAAUUAUGUGUAUACUACUCUAUGUACGACCUUGUGCAUUCUCACAGUUGAAUGCUGAUGCCAGAAAAAAAAUAUGAAUUUUUGCUUCAGGUUUUAUAUGUGCACCGUCGAAAUUUCGAGUGCUACUGUUUCUUCCCUGACCAGGUUCAUGCAAGUGUCAGUCACUUCUUGCCAUCUUCUUGAUCUUGCAUGUCUAUGAACUUGGGUUCAUAGAAGCUAUUGUCAAAGAGUUUUGUUGUUUAAUAUUGUUCCUUCUCGUUCUCAUUUACUUGCACAUGUCCUGCUGUAUUUCAGUUGGGAGUAUUUGUAAGGGCCCGUUCGGUUAGCCCGUUCCGGGCGUGAAACAAGGGCUGGAACUAAUCCAGCUAAUUGAAGGUGUGGAAUUAAUCCUACUAUUCCAGCUGGAAUUGUUUCAGGCAUCGGUUCCUAUGUAAACGAACGGGCCCUAAGGAGGAAAGCAGACCGGCUAACUGAGAACUACGGAUCGGCCGUACUGGAUCAGAGAGCCAAGCUUGUGUUGCUGAACACUGUAUCUGCUGGAGGCACUGCUGUUCAUCAUACAAGUACUCCUUGGAUGUGAUUAUGCUUUGCCUCAUUGUAGCGGAGGAAUUCUAUGACCAAAACGACUAGAAAACUAGGUGUGAAAUUAUGAGUUUUUGUGAUCCAACUUCACACUUAACGUUUUUCCCUCAUGGUUCUUGUUGUGAAGAUUAAUUAAUUUAUUCCAAAAGAUUGUGCUUC